CGUAAUUGAAAAAAAUGCAUUAAAGAACUUCGUUGAAAACAUAAAAAUUGCUCUAUUUGAAAAACUAUAAGUAAAGAAAUUGUUUCCGCCUGAAACAUUUUCGGUAUUUUUAAUGCGUAAAAUACUUCACACUUGAUUCUAUAUUUGAGUUAUGGAUAUUCCUGACUUCGAUAUAAGUUUUGUACGACGGUAUUCACUUGCAGAUUUGGAUACUAUUGAUUUUUCAACAUCUGAUGACUAUGCUAUUGUUGUAGAAAAUUUGAAAAGCAUGAUAACCUUGGGACAAAAUGUGGAAACAUUUUGGAAUGAGGAACAUGAGCAACUUUUGUGGCAGUAUGUCAUUGAUCCUGAAUCAAAUCUCCUUGUAUGUUAUUUUUUUGAGGCAUGUUUAGUUGUAAAAUGCUCUAUUCCAGACGUUCCUGUUUUAGAAUUAUUUUACUUCAUCAAAAUUUCCACUGAAAAACUCACCUCAGAAAAUUAUAGCAUUAAAAUAAUAUGUGGAAGAGCUGAAUCACCUUAUUUUGAAAGUCUUUAUGAGUUACUUUGCAUCAUGUAUCUACCAAUAAUUUCAAAACACUUAGAGCUGCCAAAAUCAAUACUGCAAUCUACACUAACUUGAACUUUAAACCUGAUUUGGAACAGGAUAUUGUUCACUCUACACACUCGAAAGAAAGCUAUUAAGUUAAAAGGAUCUACUUAAGUCUUACAGAUAAAAAAUAAGCAAACUGUAAAGCAGUUUUCAGUCACCAGAGCAAACUUAAUUUCAGGAUAAAUUAUGCUUUAAAAUUUUUUUUGUUUUGUUUUGAUCAUCUUAGGUCAAGUAAAUUUUCACACUGUUUCACCUUACAAAACACUGUAUGUCAUAUCAUCAUAAAAUGCUCAUUAUGCUUACUAUUUUCAGUCUGCCAUUAAUGGAAAAAAAAGUAUCAUUGAUAUUCAAGGCAUUGUUAUCAGUAACUGCCAAACUGUGUUCACCAGAAAAAGUCCAUAAAAAAUGAAUUUUCUGGUAUGUUUUUGUAUAUUUUUUCAAAUAAAAGCAUAUGAAAUAAAUUAAAAACAAAGUAUUUUGGUAUUUUUAUGUGCACAUAUUACUUUAAAUAAACUGCUUACAAAAUUCUGUAAAUACAAUAAUUAAUGUAUGUAUCGAAUUUUGUUGAAUUAUAUUAUUAUAAAUAAAUUGCAGACAAUACUGCAUUAAACACUAUAAUAAUACAAAUUGAUAUUAA